AUGGAGUUCACCACGAGAAGCAACUCAAUUCCCGCUGCAGUACAAAUAUCCCCAAGUCCUUUCCAUUUUUUAUGGAUCUCGACUUUGGUGUGUAUUUUGUGCUGUUAUAUUGUGCUAUUUCCGUUCUAUGUAUAUGUGAACAAAGUGAAUCGGAAGAGGGAUGAAGCGGCGUUCAUCUUCCCGAUCACCAACCACUUCUACAAAAUGGUCAAAACUUCAUACAUCAUAUUCACGUGUGGACUUCUAUUAGUUUUAUUCGGAUUCUCACUCGAUAUUGACUUUAAUGAUGCAUCAAUCUUCUCUCUAAAAUCCAUAUUUCUAAUGUUGUUAUUUUUGAUAACUUGCAUACUAUAUGUAAUAUCCGAAGUGUUUAAUUAUUUGAUAUCUAUACUUGCAUUGGAAAAGUUCAUCGUCUAUUUUUCCCCACGAGCUGAGCAUUUUGUGAAGCGAGUUCAAAACGUUCAGAUGAAAUUCAUCAAGUGCUUCUAUCUUGCGAUUGGUGUUAAGGAAUUAGUUGUCAAUACAUCGAUGCUCCUAAUGAAUAAAAACGGAGUAGCAGAUAUUAGGAAAUCUAAUGAAGCAAUAGUGCUAGCGAUAACUUUGGGUUCAACAAGUGCGCUAAUAUUUUUCUCUGCUCUAUUAUAUAUACCAAUUACAAUUAGCGUUCGAAGGCUUGCUCAUUUACCAUCAGUGAAGCAAAGUUCUCCGCAAAAAUAUAUUUUCUGGCAGACCAUUACGGUUUUUAUAUUUAAAUCGUUCCUAAUAGCAACUGCUCUCUACUUAUUCCAUAACGGCCAAGGAAUUGUAUCUGAAUUAAUCCUGAUACUGGUGGUGGACGUCAUCAUAACACCAGUAAUAAUCCAAAUAUCUUACCUCGGGUGCAACAAAAGGAAUUUGAACACUUUGUUAAAUGCAUUUGAAUUGAGGAAAUUUGUGAGAGUUAUACUUGAUCAAAAGGAAAGCUCUACAGUGUACACCACAACUAAUCAUAUGUUCAAAUUUUGA